AUGAUUGACGUGACCAGGACAGACAAAACAAUACCGCCUGUUUGUGUGUGUAAAGAACCGGUGUGUACGUGUGGAUACUCUGCACAAGAGAGAUGCGUAGGUGAUCCAAGGGACUGUGUUCUAUUUAAGGAUCAGAUUGCUCUCUUUACCCUGCAGAAGCGAAGAGACAGAUACUGUGAACAAAAGGGACAUUACCUCUAUGUUCGUGGAAAGCUACAGUGCAAUGAGGAGAUGGACACAGGAGCAGCUCUAAUAACCCAUGGAAGAACGUCUUUUAUUCACACUCGCUUUUAUGACAUGAUGUUUAAGUUGCAGUCUGAAGUAAAAGAGUCAGAUGGAGAAACAGAAAAGACCCAUGGAGGCAAACGGACCCACAUGGACAGAGCUGCAGAUUUACAUCUGGGCACAGCGCCUGCAGAGACGUACGAGCAAGUCGCGGGUACUGCCAGAGAAUGGCAAGUUGGAAUUUCAGAUUGCCGAGGUGGCACCAUUCUGGAUAAUCUGAAGCUCUGGAGUGACGCCAGACACGCCUCAAGUAAGGGAGAGACAUCUGUUGGGAUCCCUGGAUACAUCAGUUUAACUAUGAGAGAGAACUGGAGAGGACGUUUCAUACCAGUUGCAGAGUUGAUGAUCCCCCCUUCCCUCGAUCACAUUGGUGGAGGUGCCUCUUACACCUGUGCAGUGCCAUCUACUGCGGGUGGGCUGCCGCAGCUCGGCCAGGGCAGGGGACUCACCGCUGCUGUCCUGACAGGGCGAGGUCCUCUCCAGACGCACGUGAUGCUCGGCGCGGGGCAGGGGCCCAAAGGCCUGCACGCAUUUGCCCGCCGACGCUUUGCUGUAAAAGGACUCAUUGUCCAGCGUCUCCAUAACGUGCUCCAACGCGCCUCCUGCGCCCAUGUAAAAGUCACUGUUUUUACUCGGUGGGCUCUUGAGGGCAAACUUCUCGCUGAGAAACUCCAUAAUCCUGGAAGGCUGUCGCGGAGCUCCUGGGGCUCGGAAGCUGGAGAGCGCUGGGGGAGGGAGCGAGUGGGCGGGAGAAGGGAGGGCCAGAGAGGAGCGAAGGGGAAGCGAGCGCUGCGGCGCCGGGAGCUGCCCGGCUCCGAGCCCUUUAAGACGUCCGGGCUGCAAAGGGGGCACCCGAAGUUGCUUUUAUAUCUUGAAACUCAGCUGGGCUCCUCGGGCAACCUCCCAGUUCUAAUGAAUAUGAAAAUAGGCAGGCGACUAACUCCACCCCGGGUCCCCCUCCGCCUCCACCCCACCCCCAUCUUCCCCCACUUACCCGGGCAGGGCGCGUCCAGGCCUAGGUUAGACAGACAGCUCCAUUUCAGACAAAUGCCAGCAGGGACGAAGCCACGACACCCAGAAACAUUGUCGACGCGACAGUGGACUGGCAUUUCAGAAGAGCUUGGUUGGCGACUAAGGAUUGCGUCUUCCAAGGGCGGCCUCUGCUCGACAGCCUUUCCCGCACAGGCUCUCGCAGCGCCUGUUCCGUCUUCCCAGGCCAGGCAGCCACCCUGGGGCCUUGGGCGCGCCGGGCAGACCCCACUCUGGGGUGGAGAGGCCAAGCCCAGCUCCGGCGAGCUUCCGGGUGGGCUCGGAAAUUUCCACUUUCUUCAGGGUCUUGGCUGACCUAGGACUUACUGGGAGACCC